GAUAGAUCGGCCGACAUGAGCGCCGGCCGGAGCAGCGGCCCUGGACCGGGGCCCGGGCCGGGGGGGUCCCAGGGGACGCCGGCGACGCCCAAGGGAGCCCAGAGCGUGUUCGCCACCCCCGCGCGCCGACCCGCGCUGCGCACCAAGAAGCUGUCGCUGCUCGGCUUCGACAGGAGCCAUGGCCCGGACUACGACCCGGACGCGCCCACCCUGGACGAGGAGAUGGAGAAGGUGUUCGCCAUGGGCUCGAGCGACAAGUUCAGCCUGGCCCGGCUGUCCGUCAGCGGGCCCCCGUCCGCGUCCUCGCCGGCCCCAGAGCCAGACGCCGCGCCGGCGUUCGGCGCCCACGACGAUGGCUACGACGCCGCGGUGGCGGGACCAGGCCCUGCGGCGCGCCGCUUCCAGGAGGAGGACCUCAGCUUCCGGCGCAAGAGCUACCAGCACACCCACUCCCCGCUCAAGCCCAUGCGCCUCCACUCGCGCUCCCGGUCCGGCUCUGGCUCCAUGAGGCGACAGCUGGCCUCCUCCUCGGCCUCCUCGCCGCGGCCCUCCAUCAGCGAGAGCGGCGACUCGCUGACGGCCUCGGCGCCCUCCACGGCCACGCCCUCCGAGGACGCGGCCGCGGCGCGGGAACACCCACUGGCGACGCUGCCGAGGGACGCCCUGCUGGGGGAGAGGGACCCGCUCAGCCCCAGCGCGUCGCUGCAGUCGCAGCACUCCAGGGAGUCCCAAGGCUCCGUGGACACCGAGACCACCCUCCCGGCGGGCAGCCUGAAGGAUGAGGUCGUGGACGAUGACCCAGACUUCGAGCUGGAGCGGCGCGACAGCGUGUCCGAGGCCCUGCUGUCGGAGCGCGCCGCCAUGUACCAGGACCUGGGAUCCCCGGACGCCCUCAAGAGGGUGCAGUUCCACAUCGGUGGCAUCGCGGAGGAGCAGGCCGGGGCGCGCACGGACGAGGAGGACAACGGCGUGGACAGCACGCCGGAGCACCGCGACCCCGCCUCGGCCUCGGCCACCGACCCGGACGCGGCCUCCACCCCGCAGGCCUCGUCGCCGAAGGACGACCGGCGAUCCAAGCGAAAGCAGCGGCAUCACCACCAUCACCACCACCACCAUCACCACCGGUUCCGGAAGUUCAGCCUGCAGGAGGACUUGGAGUGGCGCAAGCGGUCCGGGGCCGAGUUCCCGGCGUCGCAGCAGGCCGAGCGGCGGCGCGCCAGCGUGCACCCCGAGGAGGCCGCCACGCUGCACGAGAUGGACCUGGAGAAGCUGACCAGCCACCGCUUCGACGACGUGAAGGGCAUGCGGCGCUUCAAGAUCCUCCACCAGGGCAGCCCGGCCGGCCACGGCAACGCGCAGCCCCACGCCGCGCUGCCGGGCGACCGCCUGGGCUUCGGCAAGCGCGUCUUCGACCACACGCCGCACGAGGUGUUCGUGCAGCUGGACGAGCUGUGCGGCGAGGGCGAGGACCGCGAGUGGAAGGAGACGGCCCGCUGGAUCAAGUACGAGGAGCACGUGGAGGAGGGCGCGGACCGCUGGGGCCGGCCGCACGUCGCCUCGCUCAGCUUCCACUCGCUGCUCAACCUGCGCCGCUGCCUCGAGACGGGCGUGGUGAUGCUGGACUGCGAGGAGCACGACCUGCCCGGCGUGGCGUACCGCGUCGUGGAGCAGAUGGUCAUCUCGGAGCUGAUCCGGCCCAAGGACAGGGUGACGGUGAUGCGCGCGCUGCUGCUGCGGCAUCGCCACGUCAACGAGCACGAGCGCUUCCGCUUCGGCAUGAAGAAGGCCUCCGUGAGCUACACGAGUCUCCAGUCCCUUGCUGCUGCAGCGGAAGCGGGUCGCUGUCCCAUCUGUGCAGAACCAGAUGACUGCGAGUCUUACUACUACCGAGCAUCUUCAUAUAAUUUGCAUGAUGACAAAAAACCACGAAUCAUCCCUUCUCAAACAAACAUAAACUCCGCUGUGAAGGAUGGGUGCAAUAACUCAUCAAACCAUAGUGAUGGGAAACACAAAGACAGUCUUGUGAUUGACAUGAAAGAAGAAACGACUUACAGUUCAUCAACAGAGGACCUAAAUAGAAAGGGGACCAACGAAACUAUUUUUAAAAGGAUACCUGUUGGAGCAGAGGCAACUACAGUUUUGGUUGGCUCAGUGGAUUUUCUGGAGCAGCCGACUAUUGCUUUUGUCCGGUUGUCUGAAGGUGCCUUAAUGCCAACCAUCACUGAGGUGUCAAUCCCUGUUAGAUUUGUUUUCAUUCUACUUGGUCCUAUAAAUGCUGACAUGGACUACCAUGAAAUUGGACGCUCCCUCUCUACUUUGAUGGCCAAUAAGCAAUUUCACCAAAUAGCUUACAAAGCUGAACAUAGAACUGAGCUAUUGUCUGCCAUAAAUGACUUCCUGGACUGCAGUAUUGUGUUGCCUCCUGGAGAUUGGGAACGACAAGAUCUUAUUCCCUUUGAUGACAUCAAGGCAAAGAGUGAUGCCAUACGUCGUAGGAAAACAAACAAAUAUCUUGAAACAGAUGAUGCUCAAAAAGCUCUUCUUGAACUAGCUGCAAAGAAGGCCCUUCGUCCUGAUCCCCUCAGACGCACCAAGAGACCAUGGGGGGGACUGGUGAAUGAUUUGAAAAGACGCUACCCUUACUACUGGUCUGAUUUCAAAGACGGCAUGAAUCUGCAGACAAUUGCUGCUGCAAUUUUCAUGUAUUUUGCAGCUUUGUCUGCGUCUAUCACCUUUGGUGGCUUAAUGGCUGAUAAGACUCAAAAUAUGAUAGGUAUUUCGGAAACAUUAGUUGCCACAUCUGUUGCUGGAGUAAUGUUUGCCCUCAUGUCUGGGCAGCCUCUUGUAAUUGUUGGUGCCACUGGACCUCUAUUGCUUUUUGAUGAAAGUUUAUUUAAUAUGUGUACUGCCUAUGGAAUUGAGUACCUUACAAUGAGAGUAUACAUAGGCAUUUGGCUUUUCAUCAUAGCAUUUCUAGUGAGCUGUGUGGAAGGGAGUGUGUUUGUGAAAGUUUUCACUCGAUUCACUGAAGAAAUAUUUGCUUCCCUCAUCUGCAUUAUAUAUAUUGUGGAAAGUGUGAUGAAGCUUUUCAAGAUUUAUGAAAUUCACCCUCUCAUGUCUCUGGAUGACUACUGUGAGGGAUCUGGAAAGUAUGUAUUUGGUACCUGGGCGGGAGCUGAAAAUGCAACAGGUAGUCAUGACUAUGAAGAUGCAUUUGCUGGAGCCAAAGCUGUUGUGAUGAACACUAAUGUUUCUGUAGCCAAAGGAUACCCAAGUGUUCGUGAGGGUCCAGUAAAAAAUCAACCCAAUACUGCACUAUUUUGUACGAUAUUGGCUCUUGGCACCUUUUUCAUAGCUUAUUAUUUGCGACGAUUUCGUAACAGCAAGUUUCUUGGCCGAAGUGCAAGGAGAGCAUUGGGAGACUUUGGUGUUCCCAUUGCCAUCAUUGCUAUGGUUUUGCUGGACUACCUCAUCCCUGGGACUUACACGGAGAAACUGAAGGUGCCAGCAGGCCUGUCACCAACCAACCCGGACAUAAGAGGCUGGAUUAUAUCUCCUGUUGGGAGAGAAGGACCUAUAGCAUGGUGGGUGAUGUUUGCAUGUGCAGUGCCGGCUUUACUCAUCUACAUUUUACUCUUCAUGGAAACUCACAUUUCUGAGCUUAUUAUUGACAAAGAAGAAAGAAAGUUGCAGAAAGGCUCGGGUUUCCAUCUAGACAUAGUACUGAUAUGUAUUCUCAAUAUGGGAUGUGGCUUUAUGGGAGCCCCGUGGGUGUGCGCAGCCACAGUGCGGUCUGUGGCUCAUGUCUCAGCCGUAACUGUCAUGUCACGAACUCAUGCUCCUGGUGACAAACCACACAUCAUAGAGGUCAAAGAACAACGACUCAGUUCUCUGCUUGUUGCCACUAUGGUGGGGCUGUCAGUUUUAAUGUCACCCUUAUUGAGGCUUGUGCCAAUGUCUGUUCUAUUUGGUGUGUUUUUAUACAUGGGCAUAUCCUCUAUAGCAGGCAUUCAAUUUUUUGACCGCCUCAAACUAUUCUUUAUGCCUGUGAAACAUCACACUUCAAUUUCUUAUGUGCGAAGGGUUGCAACAGCCAAAAUGCACCUUUAUACACUCAUUCAAUUGCUUUGUCUAGUGGCUCUUUGGGUUGUAAAGUCGACCCAAUUGUCUCUAGCAUUCCCCUUCUUUUUAUUACUGAUGGUUCCAUUGCGUGCACAACUGUCUCGUGUCUUUACUCCCAUUGAACUGCGAGCUCUGGAUAGUAGCAAACCUGAUGAUGACGAUGAUGAACCUGACUUCUAUGCUGAAGCUCCACUUCCAGUUUAGGAUAAAGUCAGCUUUCCAACCAUUGUUUUUGUAAUGUGAUUGGUCUCCUUGGCUAUGAAUUCCAAUAUUAUAAUGUUAGAUAUAAUUCAUCUUUCAAUGAUGCAUAUUGCAUUCUGAAGCAUGUACGUACCAUUCAGUAAAGUAAGAAAUUUUAGGUUGCUGUGAUUAAAUAAGAGUAUGUCUGGGCUGUGUAGAGUGUGACUGAAAUGAUUUACACGUGCCUCUGGAUGUUUAUUAUUCAGUAUAAAUCUUUCUAUUAUGGUUUUGUGAUUCUGUUGAUUCAUCACUUGUAGCUUUUUCUGCAGUAAUCUUCUAAAAAUCAUCUAUGUACCUUCUAUGUACCUCUUUUAGAAACAUUUAUUUACUUUGAAUAGCUCAAUAUAUUUGAAAAUAGUUAUACCAGUAUUUAUGUAAAAUUUCCUGUGAUGCUAAAAACCUUUACCCUUAUGUAGAUUUAUGUAAUUUUGGAUUGUGCCUUUACAGUAUAUUAUUACUCUAUUAGAUUUAUAUAUGAAUACUUAUUUUGAGGAGUUGUAAGGAACAUUAAAUGAAUUUUGUGAUGCAUGUGGCUCAACAAAAUGUCACUAAUGAUAGUAACGCAGUAGGGAAUUGUAAAAUUGUACAUUUGAUUUUUCAAUGAUAAGUCACACUAUGGUAUAAUGGUUCCCUUCAACAAACUCCCCAAGGUUCCUGUCUUGUUCUUUUGCCUCCCCCAUGUAGUACACCAAUCCUGUGAUAAACAUUUUGAAUAAUCUUCUGUUCCACUCAUGCCCUGAAAAGAAAAUGCAUCUUCUGCCCAAUGCUUUGUCCUUGUGAUAUUGGCAACUUGUCGUUAAAAUAUCAGCAAUUGGGUUUGAAUUGUGGUGCUAUUACUCUAAAAUCUUGUAUUGAUUAGUUUAAUGAAACCUUGACAUUUUUCAAUACUCUGUGGAAUAUUCAAACCAAGCUGCAGCUAUAACAGUUGCAAGCAAAGUAACAAAGCACUUCUAUUGCUUUAAUAGUUGGUAAGUUGCUGCCAUUAAAAAUUGGAAGCAUGCCAACUCAAUCAAACAAAAUUCUAUUGCACCAGAGAGGUACCCACUGCUGUAGGUAGAUGAAAAGGUUACUAUGUGAGCAGUCUAUUCACUGUAUAUUUUGUUUUCAAGAGUUGUAUUAUUGUAUUUUAAAAAUACUGUAUUUCUAAUUCAAACAAACAUUUUGUGAAGUGAUAGCUGGUGGAGUAGAUUGUGAAGAGGUGCUAUUAGGAAAGAAUUAUAGAGUAUUAUUUUUCUUCUAGGUUUAAAGUAUGAAAUUUCUCAAAUUUCUCCGCCUGUAAAACGCCCUCAUACUUUGUUGUAUUUUGGCUCAAACAAAAUGUGUCCAUGGCACAUUGCAACCAUGCCAGUCACUGCAACUUAUGUCAUGAGUCCAUAUUUCAAAAUUGCUCCAAUGGACACAAGGAGGAAACUUCCUUCCAAUUGGAUGUAGUACAUUGAUGCGACUUGCAACACAUUCCUCCAGGAUUAAUUCCUAAGAAAUUAAAAAGUUUAAGAAAAUUGCUGGAAUGAAAUUGAUGUGGUAUGAUGGCAAUUGUUGGCUACUAGUAAUAAAAGCGGUUUGUCUGUCCUUAAUUUUAUGGAAGUUACUUAAUUUUUUAAAAACAUAUGAGGAUACCUUCAUUAAAGAGAAGCUUAAAGAUUUUCCAAUUUAAAUGGUUCAGUUCUUACCCCUUCUGAGUAAUUAUUUUAUGAGCUUAUGUCUUAGUGGUUUAGUGAGAGUAUACUUGGACUGUCCUUCUCCUCUCAUUAAAACCAUUUCCAGGAAAUUGAAUGUAGCAUCCAGUCACAUGACUUUUCAUAUCAGUGUGUCAUAAUAACUUUUCUUUUCAUGAAGGCUUCAUAUCCUAGUGAGAAGACAUCUAAGCCUUUAUAAACAUCAGUAUUACUAAUUUAUAAUCAAUACUUUUGUUUUUAUGUUAAUUGAAGUUGAUCAAUGUAUGUUAAAAAUAAAACUUAUUUAUUUUUUAUGAA